AUGAUGUCGUCGAUGAGCCGCAGUAGUCGCAGCAGCAGCAGCAGCCUCCCAGCGCCGCUCCCGAUCCUCGUGCCGACGCCGCGGACGUCCGAGCCGCUCGAGCCCAUCGGGUCGAACGACACGUGGCUCUUCUCGCCGCCGGCGCUGCGCCGCCCGAGUGGCCGCACGUCCAGCAUCGCGGCCUUCUUUCAAAUGGCGACCUUGCCGCCGCUCCACAAGGCGUACCCGACGCCCGACGUCAAGGACUCGAGUGAGAACCGACGGCGGCAGUACCGCCUCCCGUUCGUGCUCUUUGCGUGCUUUGCAGUGUUUGCGAUCGUCGCCGGCGUCCUCGUCUUUGGCUCUGGGACGUCGGACAAAGCGUCGGACAAGUCGGCGGCGGCCGCGCCCGAAACGCCGGCGCCAACACCGACACCGACGCCGGCACCGACCGCGGUCCUCGAGUCGAUCGAGCUCACCGAAGACCUCCAUAGCAACGGCGUCGGCAACGGCCAAGACGUGCCGUGGAAGCGAGCGCGCUACUACUUUGUCAACAACUGCAGCAUGCCGCUGCAUAUUUACCAGAAACCGGUCGACGUCAAGCGCUGGGGCUUCUGCGACCUCGACGUGGGCCGGUAUGGAUGUGCGUCCAACGAGACGGGCACGAGCUACCACACGCCCAACGCGGGCUUUGACCAAGCCACACUGUUUGAGGUCACGGUCAUGGAGACAGGCCGCGUCGCGUACGACAUUAGCAUCAUUCCUCCAGGGUGCGACCACAACGUCGGCCUGGACAACUGCAAAAAGCACAGCGGCAAAGUCGGCUUCAAUCUGCCCAUGCGCGUCGUGCCACUCAACGCCAAGUGCGAUGUGAUCACGUGCUUGGCCGACGGCUGCGAGGAAGCGUACUUGUACCCUGCGGACAACACGAAGGUGCACACGUGUGUCGACGCCAGCGCAACGUUCCAGGUCACGUUUUGUGCAGCAUGAAAAACAAUACAUAGGCAGUAGAAGGUUAGGUGUAGAACGAUUUAGUGGCCCAAGAUAGUUGGAUAUUUUGCAUCAUUUCCAUACAAUGAGUCGAAACAAACACUGUUG